AUGACAUCUCUAGAAAAAGCUGAUGAUGGCUCCUCCCCCAUCCGAGGCCCUGGAGAUGGGAUGGAAACAGAGCAGAGAGCUGGGGGGCUGGAAGGAGCCCCUGGAGGCAGCGCCACCCCCCGCCACGUGCCCCCCAGCCCCCCUCAGAAGCCAGUCCCUGCCCUGAGCCCUGGGGUGCUGCAACUGGGUAAAGUCCCUGCUGAGAAAUCCCUGGAGAUUGAAGCCAUUCGUAUACUAGUCCCCAAAGCAGCCAUCACCCAUGUGGUCCCAGCCAAAACUAGCAAGGUGGCUAAAUCACUGGGGCUUAAAGGAGACACCUUGCAGCAGUCAGAUGGAGCCACAGACCCCAAGAAAGAGCAGCUGGAGCUGAAAAAUGCCAUCCAAAAGCUGAAGAACUCAGAGAAGAGGCUGCUGCAGGAUAAAGAAGGGCUCUCAAUGUUGCUGCGUGUGCAGACAGAGGUGAAUCGGGAGCUGAAGAAGCUGCUGGUGGCCUCUGUUGGGGAUGAUCUCCAGUAUCACUUCGAGCGCACGGCUCGGGAGAAGAACCAGCUCCUCCUGGAGAAUGAAGCCCUGGGCAGGAAUCUGUCUCAGCUCUCAGAGCAGUUGGAGAGGAUGUCCAUACAGUGUGAUGUGUGGAGAAGCAAAUUCCUGGCAAGCAGGGUUAUGGCUGAUGAGCUGAGCACCACCAGAGCCCUCCUGCAACGACAGAGCAGGGAUGCCCAGAGUGCCCUCCAGGACCUGCUGAGUGAGCGUGACCAGUUCCGGCAGGAGAUGAUUCACACCCACAAGCUGCUGGAGGAGUUGAUGGUUUCUCUUCAGUGGGGGAGACAACAGACAUACUAUCCUAGUGCCCAACCUUACACUACAACAGAGCUGGCAGCUGUGAAUUGUAAGCUAGCCAAAGCUGUGAGCUCACAUCUCCUUGGAAACACCAGCACUAACAGUCCAAAAAACACCUCAACGGCCGUGGAGUUCUGCAAUACCCCUGCUGAGAAAAUGGCUGAAAAGGUGCUACGUGCACUGGAUCCAGCUGCAUGUACAGAAACCUCACCAGAAGUUUCUUUUUCUGAGACCUCUCCACCCUCCUUCCUUUCCACAAAGAAGCACAUUGGAAGGUUUCACCCAUACACCAGAUAUGAAGAUGUAACUUUUAAUUGCUGCCAUCACUGCCAAGGGGAGCUGAUAGCCCUUUGA